UCGCCCCGGCCCGGGCUCCCCGCCAUUGUUCCCGGCAGCGGCGGCACCGCGCGGGUCUCCGCUCGGGGGAGACACACACCCCCUCCCCGUGCCCACCCGGGGUCCCCAUGGAGUGGGAGUUGCGGAUGGCAGUCGCCGAGCAGUAGCUGCAGCAGUGGGAUGUUUACCUGGAGGUGCCUCAUCCUUUGGGCUGUGCUGGUCACAGCCGCGCUCUCCGCUGCCCGCCCGGCCCCCACCCUGCCCGACCAAGUUCUACCCAAAGCAAAAAUCGAAGUGGAGUCCUACUCAGCCCACCCCGGGGACCUCCUCCAGCUGCGCUGCCAGCUGAGGGAUGACAUCCAGAGCAUCAACUGGGUGCGUGACGGGGUCCAGCUGGCCGAGAACAACCGCACCCGCAUCACGGGGGAGGAGGUAGAGGUCAGGGACGCGGUGCCCGAGGACUCGGGGCUCUAUGCCUGCAUGACCAACAGCCCCUCGGGAAGCAAGACCACCUACUUCUCCGUGAACGUCUCAGACGUGCUCCCCUCUGCAGAGGAUGAUGAUGAUGAAGAUGAUUCCUCCUCGGAGGAGAAGGAGGCGGAUAACACCAAGCCGAACCAGGCCAUCGCUCCCUACUGGACCUAUCCUGAGAAGAUGGAGAAGAAGCUCCACGCCGUCCCCGCUGCCAAAACGGUGAAGUUCAAAUGUCCCUCGAGUGGGACACCCAACCCCACCCUGCGCUGGCUGAAGAAUGGCAAAGAGUUCAAACCCGACCACCGCAUCGGGGGCUACAAGGUCCGGUACGCGACCUGGAGCAUCAUCAUGGACUCAGUGGUGCCCUCUGAUAAGGGGAACUACACCUGCAUUGUGGAGAACAAGUAUGGGAGCAUCAACCACACCUACCAGCUGGAUGUCGUGGAGCGGUCCCCACACCGUCCCAUCCUGCAGGCAGGGCUGCCUGCCAACAAGACAGUGGCUCUGGGCAGCAACGUGGAGUUUGUCUGCAAGGUCUACAGUGACCCCCAGCCCCACAUCCAGUGGCUGAAGCACAUCGAGGUCAACGGCAGCAAGAUCGGCCCCGACAACCUGCCCUACGUGCAGAUCCUGAAGACGGCUGGCGUUAACACGACAGACAAAGAAAUGGAAGUCCUUCACUUAAGGAAUGUCUCAUUUGAGGAUGCUGGGGAGUAUACAUGUUUGGCGGGUAAUUCUAUUGGGAUCUCCCAUCACUCUGCAUGGUUGACAGUUCUCGAAGCUAUCGAGGACACCCCAGCCAUGAUGACGUCCCCUCUCUACCUGGAGAUCAUCAUCUACUGCACCGGAGCCUUCCUCAUCUCCUGCAUGGUGGUGACUGUCAUCAUCUACAAGAUGAAGAGCACCACCAAGAAAACAGAUUUCAACAGCCAGCUGGCCGUGCACAAGCUGGCCAAGAGCAUCCCCCUGCGCAGACAGGUUUCAGCCGACUCCAGCUCCUCCAUGAACUCAGGGGUGAUGCUGGUGAGGCCCUCCCGGCUCUCCUCCAGUGGUACCCCCAUGCUGGCGGGGGUCUCUGAGUACGAGCUGCCCGAGGACCCACGCUGGGAGCUGCCCCGGGACAGGCUGAUCCUGGGCAAGCCCCUGGGAGAGGGGUGCUUCGGGCAGGUGGUGCUGGCAGAAGCCAUCGGCCUCGACAAGGACAAACCAAACCGUGUGACCAAGGUGGCCGUGAAGAUGCUCAAGUCUGAUGCCACGGAGAAGGAUUUGUCUGACCUCAUCUCUGAGAUGGAGAUGAUGAAGAUGAUCGGCAAGCACAAGAACAUCAUCAACCUGCUUGGAGCCUGCACACAGGAUGGACCUCUCUACGUGAUCGUGGAGUACGCCAGCAAGGGCAACCUGCGGGAGUACCUGCAAGCCCGGAGACCCCCGGGCAUGGAGUACUGCUACAACCCCACCCGUGUCCCCGAGGAGCAGCUCUCCUUCAAGGACCUGGUCUCCUGUGCCUACCAGGUGGCUCGGGGCAUGGAGUAUUUGGCCUCCAAGAAGUGCAUCCACAGGGACCUGGCUGCCAGGAAUGUCCUGGUGACCGAGGACAACGUGAUGAAGAUCGCUGACUUCGGUCUGGCCCGUGACAUCCACCACAUAGAUUACUACAAGAAGACAACAAAUGGUCGCCUGCCUGUGAAGUGGAUGGCUCCAGAGGCUCUGUUUGACAGGAUUUACACCCACCAGAGCGACGUGUGGUCCUUUGGCGUGCUGCUGUGGGAGAUCUUCACUCUGGGUGGCUCUCCCUACCCUGGGGUGCCUGUCGAGGAGCUCUUCAAGCUGCUGAAGGAAGGGCACAGGAUGGACAAGCCCAGCAACUGCACCAACGAGCUGUACAUGAUGAUGAGGGAUUGCUGGCACGCUGUCCCCUCCCAGAGACCAACCUUCAAGCAGCUGGUGGAAGACCUGGACAGGAUCGUGGCCAUGACCUCCAACCAGGAGUACCUGGAUCUCUUGCCUCUGGAUCAGUAUUCCCCCGGCUUCCCAGACACCCGCAGCUCCACCUGCUCCUCGGGGGAGGACUCAGUCUUCUCCCACGACCCCCUCCCCGAUGAGCCCUGCCUGCCCAAGCUCCCCCCCCAGCACACCAACGGAGGACUGAAGCGACACUGAGGGUGGCACUGCCAGCAGGGACAGCCCUGCCAUGCCCUGCCAUGCCGUGCCGUGCCGUGCCAAACCGUGCCGUGCCAGGGAUGCUGCCCGAGGAGCAGCCUGGAGGUGCUGAGCCACUGCAGAAAGGGUUCAGAGACACAACCACAGCAUCUCACAGCACCAAACCCACCCCCCUAGCCCAGCUUUCUCCCACCACCUUUAGUUGUGAGCUCUCGGCAGCCCAAAGGGUUUAUUUUUUUUUUUAAAUAACCUCUUUUCCAUGAACUCUGUGCUUGAAUAUCUCCACGUGGUUAAGCCAAAAUCCUCUCCCACGGGCAGCACUGGCUGGGGGGAGGCAGCCAACCCUCCCUGGAUGUCCCCGAGUCCAUGGAGCUGCUGUGGGAUGCUCCGGGGCUGGUCCCGUGGCCCAGCAGUGCCAGCACCCGGGGGCUGUGCUGGCCCAAAUGGGUCCAGCCCAGCACUGAUGGCAGAGGCAGCCAAACACACCAGUGCUAGAGACAGAAGUCCUGUGUACAUAGCUAAAAAUAUGUAUAAAUAUGAAUAUAUAUUUACAUGUCUUUUUAAAAGGGUUGUUACCAGAGAUAUACCAGUUUGGUAGUAAGGUACUAGUGGCUGGUAGAUAUCAGUUGCUAUAUUAAAAAAAAAAAAAAAAAAAAAAAGAAAAAAAAAAAGUUCAUAUAUUUUGCUACUUUUGCUGUUUUUAUUUUAUUUUUUUUUUUUUUUAAAUUAUGUUCUAAACCUAUUUCAGUUUAGGUCCCUCAAUAAGAAUUGCUGCUGCUGCUGCUUCAGUUUUAUAUGGGGUUGUAUUAAACCAUAAUAAUACCGUGUCGAUGCCUUUUGGGAAUACGUUGUCAUUGGGUGCCUGGCCUUGCCCUGCCCCCCCGUGUCCCUGUCACCCCCCCCCCGGGCUUCCCCCCUCUGAGCUCCUGCAGCACCAUAUUGGUGCUGGGGGGGCUGGGGCUGCCCUGCGUUUUAGGCAGUGCCAGCAAGGGGUGGGAACGGUGCCGUGGGGAGGGGGCUGCUUGGCUCCCGUGGGGCGGCUGGGGUCACACUGGUGCCUCACGGGACCCCCAGGACACCGGAGCGGUUCUGGGUGACACCAGCUCGGUGUCAGCAGCCCCCGCCCCACAGAGCCCCCGCCUCUGGGCGAUGCUGCCAGUGCCUUACCGGGAGCUGGGGGAGGGUCCUCUGCUGCCCCCCGGGCUCGGUCCGGAGGAGGUUGUGGUGUCUGGCUGCCCCGUGCCGGGGGGACGGGGGCAAUUCCCUGUCCCCUCCACCGGGGAAGGGGCCACCCGUGUCCCCAUCCCUCCCUGUCACUGGCCUUGAGACUCCGGAGCCAGGAUGCUAUUACUUGAAAAGUUUAUUUUGCCUUUGUAUGGAGAAAUAUUAUUUGUUGUAAACUCUUCUGUAAUGAAUCUGGAAUUCUUGUAAUUAUUAAAGACUUUAACCGAGA